GCGGCAGCGGCAGUGCCACGUCUGGUGUGUUUGGGAGGCCGCGGGCCGGCAGCGGCAGCGAGGGCGAGGGAGUGGCUGCGUUCCGUGUCCGUGGGUCGGCGGUGCGGCACAGCCGAGCGCGGCGCUUCCAUUCUCUGCGGGCAGUACAUUUCCAGAUCACAACUCGCUGAAUUAAAAAAAUCUCCACUAAACUGCUGUGGUUCUUUUGCCAGUUAAUAAAAUCAGGUGAAGAUGAAAGCAUUGAUUUUGGUCGGAGGCUAUGGUACGCGGUUACGGCCGCUGACGCUUAGUGUUCCAAAACCGUUGGUGGAUUUUUGUAACAAGCCUAUUCUUCUGCAUCAAGUGGAGGCUUUAGUAAAGGCGGGGGUAUCACAUGUGAUUCUUGCUGUUAGCUACAUGUCUGAGAUGCUGGAGAAGGAAAUGAAGGAACAGGAACAGAGGCUGGGUAUUCGUAUCUCGUUGUCUCAUGAAAAGGAGCCCCUGGGAACGGCUGGACCCCUUGCUCUGGCCCGUGAGCUAUUCGCUGAUAGCUCAGAGCCUUUCUUUGUCCUAAAUAGUGAUGUCAUCUGCGACUUUCCCUUCCAGGAGAUGGCCCGCUUUCACAAGCAUCACGGGAAGGAAGGUACCAUAGUGGUUACUAAAGUGGAGGAACCUUCCAAAUAUGGGGUGGUCAUAUAUGAAGCAGAGAUUGGGCGGAUACACCGAUUCGUGGAGAAGCCUCAGGUGUUUGUGUCAAACAAGAUCAAUGCAGGAAUGUACAUCUUCAGCCCCUCAGUCUUGAACAGGAUACAGCUCAGGCCAACAUCAAUAGAGAAGGAGAUUUUUCCCGUCAUGGCACAGGAGGGGCAGCUGUAUGCCAUGGAGCUGCAAGGAUUCUGGAUGGACAUUGGGCAGCCCAAAGAUUUCCUGACUGGGAUGUGCAUGUAUUUGCAGUCCCUCCGACAUAAAGCACCGGACAGGCUGCACCAAGGGCCUGGUAUUGUUGGCAAUGUGCUGGUGGACCCAAGUGCUCAGAUUGGAGAGAAAUGCUCCAUUGGUCCCAAUGUGACGAUCGGCCCGGGAGUGGUAAUUGAGGAUGGAGUGCGGAUAAAGCGCUGCACGGUGCUGAAGGGCUCACGGAUUCGCUCCCAUUCCUGGCUGGAGUCCUGCAUCAUUGGCUGGAGCUCUGAUGUGGGUCAGUGGGUGCGGAUGGAGAAUGUUGCGGUCCUGGGAGAGGAUGUGAUUGUGAAAGAUGAACUUUACUUGAAUGGAGCCAAUGUCCUACCUCACAAGUCUAUAGCUGACUCUGUGCCCGAGCCCAAGAUCAUCAUGUAGGUCAUGGCUGUUUCCUGAGCUCAAGCUGAAGGGCUGAGCUCUGCCACUUGCCAAUGGACGGAUUGGAGCUACAAAUCAAAUAAAUGAAUAAAGGUUGGGUACUUCGAUAACUCCCCUUGCAGCACCUGAAUUCAGGCUAUGACAAAUCACCAAAGAUGCUGUUGUUUAAACUGCGUCUUCUUACCAAGUGCGUGAGGGAAGUUCAUCUUAAAAUUUGAUUUGCCUUGAAGUAUUUGCAGCUUUUAAUUAUUUUAGGUGGCUCUGUGAAGGGUGCAAAUCUUAUACGAGAUUGGAUCCAGUAAAUAGUAUCCUAGAAAGAGGGUGUUUUUUUAAAAUAUUACCUGGGAAAGACACACCAACCUCUUUUACUAACAGUAUCUAGCCAUUCAUUAACAUAAAACAGGGCCUUUGGUCAUUGUGUGGGUAAUUUAUCCAUUGGAUUCCAAUCUGUUCCACUUAAUGAAAUGGCAUGUUCUUGAAAACAAUCUUGAACUGUACAGCCUUCACAUGUUAUAGAAUUGAGACCAAGGGUGACACAUGGCCACACCCAGUUUAAGUUGUUCUGGCUGCAUCAUACUGGUCUGAACAUUCAGCAUUUUAACUGUAAUUCUACAUGGUUAUAAUGGGGGUUAGGAAUAAUGCGGGCUCUGACACUGUUGCACUGUGCUGGGUAAUGUGAGAUUGAUGCUGCUUUGCUCUGUACCCUGUAGUGUUAACCUUUUUUUCUACGUGCAUGUGCCAGUACAGACUAGAAUGUUUAGAAAUGUAAGCAAUUACCCAUUGUGGUGAAACAAAUACCAAUGAUAAUGGUGGGAGUUCCAAAUUAAUUCCUUGUGGGUUUCUUAUGUGAAUUAUUUUUAUUAAUUUGUACACAGUUUCUAUACUAUACCCUUUAUUUGGAAUUGGAGAAUUACUUGCUAUCAGAAGCAUCAUUUAGUUUGUUUAACUGAAGUAGUUGUGGAAUUGGCCAUUGAAGUGCCUGUAAAUGAGUGGGGCCUCCUGUUGUAUUUUAAUGUGAUAAAUCUGAUAAAUUUUUGUGCAAAUAUAGUUUAAAAGAAUCA